UGCGUUUGAAACUGAAGAUACUAUCAUUGCACAUGGGACAAUAUUUGAUGCUGAAGGUGACGGUGAGAACAUCAAGGUAUCAGUGGAUGUUGUCCUCGAUGGCCAAUGUGUGAUUCCAAAUCCGACAAAGGAAGGAGUCACCAAACUGACGCAUGAAGUCGGAUCACAUUUAUUGUGGCCACGACAUCUUGUUCUUACUAGGAAUGAUAAGGUAAUUGUCUGUCUUAUUGUGUUGGAGUUUUUAUGCAUCAAAUUAUACUAACAGUAGUUGAACUUUUUGUGAUAGAAGGAAACUGUGGGCUUCAAUACGGAUCCGUCCACAUUCUCUAUGGCAGCAUAUCUACGUGCUCUAGUGGCACUCCGGUGUUUGGUUAGACUCGUUGAACAUAUGGGGUCAUCGAUUCAACUAAACACGCCUUUAGAGCUAUUCGGUGUGAAGAGAAAAUGUUGCAUUAUGGUUGAGUCACUGAGGGAUUUCUCGUCAAUGCAGCCAAUAUGCACAUCAUGCUUAGAUGCUUACAUGAUGUACCUUCACACAAUUAUGGUACAAGGACGAAGUUCAAGCUUGUUCAAGUUCAUGGAUGCCGGAUCUGUAAGUUACUCGAGUUACAAACAAUCGCGUGCGCAGUUGUUGAAUGCUCGACUUCUCGGUGCCGAGUAUGACCAAGUAGUAUUGUUCCCAUACAACUCUGGGUAA